AUGGAGAAAUUUUGCAAGACAGUUCCUAACUUUCUCACCAAACUCUGGGUAUUAGUAGACGACGCCGUCUUUGACCAUGUGAUUCGCUGGAGCAAGGAUGGUCACAGCUUUCAGAUUGUGAAUGAAGAAACCUUUUGCAAUGAAAUACUUCCAAAAUACUUCAAGCAUAACAAAAUAACCAGCUUUAUACGACAACUCAACCUGUAUGGUUUCCGAAAGACGACUACUGCACUGCCAAGUGAAAAUAACAGCAAUGAGAAGAAAAUACCUAUGGAAUUUCAGCAUCCACUCUUCAAAAAAGGAGGAUCCUGUCUUCUUGAAAACAUUAAGCGGAAGGUGCCAACAAUAAAAAUUGAAGAUUCCAGCCUCUUCUCUAAUGAGCUUCAGAAAAUUCAGACUGAAAUGAAAGAGCUGAAAGACAUGCAGAACAACAUGGAUGCCAGAUACGAACAAAUGAAACAGGACUAUUCAGGCCUCUGUGUUGAAAUGACAAACUUAAGAAAAAAGUACUGUGAGCAACAGCAACUCUUAACACAGGUACUCCAUUUUAUCUUUGAUUUGAUGAAUGAAAACCAUCCAGUACUAAAAAAGAGGAAAAGAUCAUUAUCACUGCUAUCUGGAGUUUCAGAUUCUGAAUGGGAUCGUCAGUAUAUGCAUAUUCCAGAUGACAAGAAGAAAGAAGCUAUGGAGAUAUUAAAAGAUGGUUAUGAACUUGUUGAAGACAAAUAUAAAAGUCUCCUUGAUAGAGUCGUACCAAUUUUUAAAGAAUCCAAAAAGUUAAUUUCAUCUGUAGACAAGCCAAGUGGAGAUGAUGGAAAAGACCCUAAUGUAUCAGUUCCAGAUAUACCUACAAAUGAAGAUUCACUGACCAUUCAGUUGGAUUUGACCAUACCAUUUUUACAAGAACAAAUAACUAAAAAAUCUUUUGAACAAGAGCCUAAGGAUAUGCCUUUGCAAUUAGAGCUUUCUCCUCAGGAUUCAGUUUUGAUGGAAGAUAAGUCAGACAAUCUAUGUAACAAUAUAAUUAACAGGGAUCAUACUGAAGGAAAUUUGGGAGAGCCAAAUUCAUUACUCUCUAGGAUGGCAGUGAAUUGUGACCUUGAUGAUUUCAGUGAGAUUCUAAGUCUAAUGAAAAAUGAAGGAGAAAGAAGUCUGCUUGAAACCAGUGAGGAAAAAGACAAAAAUAUGACACAAUGCAUGGAAAACAACCAGUCUUUACUAUUAGAUGGGACCCCAAUAUGUGAUUUUGGAGAAAAUCUUCAAGAAUCUAAUGACCUCUUUUUAGAUAACCUGAAGAACCCAUCAAAUGUCAUAUCAGCUUUGUGUGAUCAUAAUUAUGUAAGCGUCAAUAUUUCUGCUACACAAGAAAAUACUGCAAAUGCUAUUGAAAAUGUUGUUCCCCAGUUGUCUAUGGAAUCAACUGAGGAAUCUAAUGCAUUCCCAUUUAUUUUUCUCAAUCCUGUUCCUCAUAUUUUUUGA